ACAGGGAUAUGAGGUCUGCUGUGGUGGUGCGGGUGCCCCGGGAAGGGUUUUCCCAGGGCUGGGUCUCAUCUGGAAAAGAGUCUUAGCCUGGACUCCAUUCAUGCUUAGUCUGGACCACUCUGGCUUCCAGAAGGAGGCCUGGGCCAGGUUUGAGCUCAGAUGGGCCAUCCCCACUGGCCACAGGACACAGCUUUCAGUUUUGCUGUGACCCAGACAUCCCAACCCAGGUUGCCCAUGGCACCCCUCUCUUGUCCCUGGCUGAUGGGUCUUGCUGACCAGGGUGGGCCCUCGAUAUCCCCUUCACCCCGGGAUCACGUCACCCCGGGCCUUCACACUGCUCCCAGAACCCUCUUCCUUGAACCUUGAGCUGGGCCGCAGUUAUUCCCUGCCCAGGGCUCGUCUCCCCUUUCCUGCUGGAUCACGUCCUGGAAAAGGGGCUGUGUGGCAGGGAAAGCUGCGAUCCGACCGUGAUUAAAGCUGCCCUCUGAGGAGGAGCUCUCCCAAGUGCCCUGGGUUUCGCGUUCAUUAGCUGGUUGAAUCUUCACAAACCUGCGCCAGCUAACACAGGAGGAGACUGAGGCUCAGAGCAGUGAAGCAACUUGUUCCAGGUCACACGGAAGGAAUUGAGCACAGAGCCAGGCCUGGAGGGCUCUUUCAAGCUACCAUCCGUCAAGGCCAGAAGUGACAGUAGAGAGAGCCCUGGGUCCCUGCGGGGAGGAGGCAACAUGAAAGGGGGUUGCACGUACUUCACAUGUACGUGUGUGACGGUCACGAGCACGUACUUCACACCUUCUGGGCUGCCACUGGGGCAGGUGGCGAGGUCUUGUUCCCUUUGUCCUGCUGGCUGAGGCAGGGCUGGGCCUCUGAGAGGCCAGUGUCACAAGGAACAUUCCAGAUGCCGUUGGUCUCCUUCGGCUCCAGGACUGAUGCGGGAAGUUGGGUGCGACGCACAAAGAAGACCAGAUCGAGGGUUUGGGGCCCACCAACCUGUCACAGAUACUGCCUGGGCCCGAGGGUGAGUUUUACCGCUCAUGGAGAUCCCUACAUAGGGAUCCAGCUGGGGGCCCUUAUAGACAAAGCUGCUGUGAACAGUCGCUCAAGUGCUGGUGCAGGUGUGCGCGUCCUCAGUCACAACCCUGGGAGCGGAAUUGCCGGCUCACAGGACUGUAAGCCCUCUGAGGAUAAACAAAGGUGCUGUGAACAUUCGCUGAGGUGCCGGUGCAGGUGUGCCAGUGUCCUGAACAAUGCCAGCACUGCAUCUGAUCCUUACAACAUCAUUUUCCAGGAGGGGAAACUGAGUCUCAGAGAGGCCAAGCGCCAUGACCAAGGAACACAGGGCUCUCAGGUUUCCAUAUUAUGUUUUGAGGACCAGUCUUCCUCACCCGUAGAAGAAGAAACAGUCACUUGUUAUUGUGAAAGAAAAAAGUGUUUGCAAAGAUCUUAGCUCUGGACUUAGUUCAUACUAAAUCUUCAACGAAAUAAAGAUGAAAAUAUACUAGAUAAA